AUGCUACUAUCGGAUUACCUCAAGAUCGUAUUACCUUACGAUCAUAUUACCUUACGAUUAUGUCAUAUUACCUUAAGCAAAUUAGAAGACAAUCCUGGAAUUCUACCAAUUAAAUUAGGGCAUGCUAAAAUUCGCGAUUUUGAAUAUAAUUUAAUUCAUGUUUAUGACCUUAAUCCGAUAAUGUUGGAGAUGAACAAAUUGCAUAGAAAAUCAAUAAAUAUCACUACACUUUUAAUUAAACAUCCUCAGUAUCUGCCAGAUAAUUAUGAUUAUCUUAAAAUAUUAGAUUUAAUUCAAAAUAGAGUAGAGAAUAAACUUAAAGAGCUUGUACCACAUCCUAACAGAAUGAAACGCGGGUUGAUCAAUAUUGUAGGCUCAGCUAUUAAGGUUAUAACCGGUAACUUAGAUGCAGCGGAUGGUGAACGUUACGACCAUCUUAUCGAUGAACUGCAAAAGAACGACAAUAAAUUGUCUCAAAGUGUAAUGAACCAAAACUCCUUAAUCCUUAGUGUUAUAAAGAAAUUUAACAACACAAUUUUACAAAUUGCUAAGCGAGAAGAAAUGUUGGAAUUUCGGAUAAAUCAAAUAGCUGAUGUUCUAAAAGAUUUUGAUCAUACUCAGAAUUCUAAUAAUAUUAGAAACAUUCUUGAUGCUCUUGUUAAUGUUUAUGAAUUUAUAGAUUCUACGUUACAAGACUUAGAAAACUCUAUAACUUUUGCUAAACUUAAAACGAUGCAUCCUAGUAUUAUUAAAACCACAGAUCUAUUUAACGAUUUAAAACAAUUUGAACAACGAGUAGGUUCUAAUCAACUACCAAUAAAAAUUGAACUUGAGAACAUGCUUUUAAUAGAAAAAAUAAUAAAAAUAAGCUCUUACAUUCUAAAUAAUAGAAUUACAUUUAUCCUACAUGUUCCCGUAACAUUUAACGAAAAUUUUGAGAUAUUUCACUUAUAUGCUGCCCCUGUCCUUGUACAGAGUCGGUUUAAGGUUAUAUUACCGCGAAAUAAAUAUAUAAUAAAAAACAAAUUGCAUUACGCAUAUCAAAGCCAGGCUUGUCAAGAAGUCUCCACACAGCUGUUCCUCUGUGACAAAUCUAAUCUACAAGAUGUUCAGGAAUCUAGCCCUUGCGAAGUCCAACUGCUGUCCUAUGUCAAAAGCACUUCCAUAUGUAGCCAGAUACAAGUCGUUCUUAACCACAUCAUAAUUAACCAGUUAGCUAGCUCAAACAACUGGUUAUUUGUCUUACCAAAAGAAGCACUAGUUCUACUGAAAUGCCAAGCACAAGAAGAAGAGGUUCAACUUAUAGGAUCCUAUAUGGUUAAUAUUCCGAACAACUGUUUGGCCAAGGUCAACGAACUUAUCAUUACUAACGAUGAUAAACCCACAAACUUCAGCCCACAACCACUACUGUUUCCAGAUCUAAACAAGAUCAAUGAACCAUUGCCACUACUAAACCUAAGUUUCACAUCAACCGAUGUAAAGCUAGAUGAACUUCAGGAGUUGCAGAGCCAAAUAGUUGCAAUCGACCCUUCACUAGAAUUCCCCAGAGUACCCGCUGUACCCUCAUUUUGGACAAUCCUUAUCUACAUCAUGUUGGUAACUGGGAUUAGCUACCUAUGUUAUGCCAAAUUGAGAAAAAGAUACUGUGCCCAGAAAGAAUGCCAAGAGGACAACCAGCAGUCGAUCCAGCUUCCUUAGCGGUAGAGCUGUCACUAGGGGUGGAGGAGUUAUGUCACAGUCCCUUAUGGAGAAUGCUGACCAUUGCUUAUGCUUAACUUGCUUUUUUACUCAUAUAAAUAUCCACCAUUUGUAAUUUUUAGUUAGUCAGUUGAAAUUGUAGCUACGCUAAGUUUGUACGAAAUAAAUAUUGUAUUUUUUAAAAAGGCGUUUGGCAUAUUCGAAUAGUUAACUAGCUUCUCUCAUAUUUUCGGUCAAUACAGGUUUCCUUCCAGGAUGUUGUCUGGUUUCUACAUGCCCUUCUGCUUCUUGACGUUGAAUCCAGCGUCUAACUUGUUUGACCUGUUUAAAAGCAAAUGCAGUAAUUAGUAUUAAUUAAUUAAAUAGAUAUCUAUUAUACUAUUAGGUUAGCGACAACAGUUUAGCAAAGGGGUGGCCUAUAUAUAUAGGUAUAGAUAAAAAAUAGCAGUAAAUAUUUUAUUAUUAAGAAUAAGUUAAUAAAGUAGGUACCAAAAAGCAAUAACAGCGUCUCUUAACAAUAAUAUAAUUUUAUAUUAUUUGUU